AUGUUAUUUAUUUGUGUUUUACUUGCAUUAUCCAGAGCUGCUCCCGGCAUUAUUGAAGUGACUCCUUGCUCCGAGGAACCCAUCAAUAAUGAUAUCGAAAUCACUCAGCUAUCAUUUGAUCAGUUCCCAUAUAGAGAGGAUACAAACUACAUGUUCAAUAUUACUGCCAAAAAGUCAAUUGAUAAUCUGUUUUUAACUUGGGAUGUCGAAUACUACUGGGGUACUCUCUAUAUUUCUUCGUAUAGUUACAAAGAAGUUUCUUUAUGUCCGUUAUUGGAAGGAGGAUGUCCAAUGAGACUUGGACCAAACUAUUUUUCAGCUCAUGGAAGCAUUGAAGAAUCUGUUACACUCCCUGGGUGGUACUUUUUGAAAGUCAGAAUGACCAAUUUUGAAGAAUAUAGAAGUUGUUAUAAUGGGUGGAUUUAUCUUUACUAA